GCAGCCGGGGAAGAAACCUCUCAGCUGCCUUUCUUCGUUGGCGGCCUGCUGGUGGCCUUGGCUGGCGUUGGCGCGCUUGCGUUCGGAGGUGAGAGCUACGACAACGUUGACGACAAAAAGGUUGUCAAGGAGUACUUCAACAACGCAGGCUUCGAGAGAUGGCAAAAGAUCUAUGGCGAGACUGAUGACGUGAACCCGGUCCAAAAGGACAUCCGUGUCGGCCAUGCUCAGACUGUGGACAAGAUCUUGGGAUGGCUGGACCCAAACACAAUCGCUGGGAAAACGGUCUGUGAUGCAGGGUGCGGAACAGGCAGCUUGUCCAUUCCACUGGCCAGCCGCGGGGCUAUGGUGAAUGGCAGCGACAUUAGUUCUGCCAUGGUGGGCGAGGCCGAAGUCCGAGCGAAAGCGUCGCUUCCGACAGAGCAGGUGCCGAAGUUCUCAACAUCGGAUCUGGAGGCGAUCUCCGGCGAGUACGACACGGUGUGCUGCGUGGAUGUACUCAUCCAUUAUCCGCCAGACAAGAUGUCGGGCAUGGUGCAACAUUUGGCAGGGCUCAGCAAAGAGCGGCUGAUCCUGUCCUUCGCACCCAAGACCUGGUACUACAAGCUGCUGAAGCGAAUCGGAGAGCUUUUCCCUGGCAAGUCCAAGACCACUCGUGCAUACCUCCAUGAUGAGGCUGACGUUGAGGCUGCACUGCGCGAAGCAGGAUACCAAGUCACCCGCAAGGAUAUGACAGCCACCAACUUCUACUUUUCCCGCCUCUUCGAGGCCAAGCCGGUUGCAUCGUGA